AUGGAAAAGCAAAAACCUUUUAAAUUGUUUGUACCACCAAGAUUAAGUAGCAGUCAGGUAUCUGCAGUGAAACCUCAGACUUUGGGAGGAGAUUCUAAUUUCUUCAAGGGUGCCAACAAAUGUAUUGAAGAUGAUUUUAGUUUUCCAUUUGCAAUGACUAAUCUCUCCAAAAAUGGGGAAAACAUUGAUUCAGAUCCUGCUUUACAAAAAGUUAAAUUUUUGCCCAUGCUUGAACAGGUUGAUAAUUCUGACAAUUGUCAUUACCAGGAAGGACUAAAAGAUUCUGAUUUUGAGAAUUCAGAGCCAAUGAGCAGACUAUAUUCAAAACUGUAUAAGGAAGCUGAAAAGAUCAAGAAGUGGAAAGUGAGUGUAGAAUCUGAAUUGAAGCAGAAAGAAAAUAAGUUGCAAGAAAACAGAAAGAUAAUUGAAGCACAACGGAAAGCCAUUCAGGAACUACAGUUUGAAAAUGAAAAAGUAAGUUUGAAAUUAGAAGAAGGAAUUCAAGAAAAUAAAGAUUUAAUAAAAGAGAAUAAUGCUACAAGGCAUUUAUGUAAUUUACUCAAAGAAACCUGUGCCAGAUCUGCAGAAAAGACAAAGAAAUAUGAAUAUGAACGAGAAGAAACUAGGCAAGUAUAUGUGGAUCUAAAUAAUAACAUUGAGAAAUUGAUAAUAGCUUUUGAGGAACUUCGUGUGCAAGCUGAGAAUUCCAGAUUGGAAAUGCAUUUUAAAUUAAAGGAAGAUUAUGAAAAAAUCCAACACCUGGAAGAGGAAUAUAAGAAGGAAGUAAAUGACAAGGAAAAGCAGGUAUCACUGCUAUUGCUCCAAAAUACUGAGAAAGAGAAUAAAAUGAAAGAUUUAAUAUUUCUGCUAGAAGAAUCCAGAGAUAAAGUUAAUCAAUUAGAAGAAAAGACAAAAUUACAGAAUGAAAACCUAAAAGAGUCAAAUGAGAAGCAGAAUCAUUUGAUAUCAGAACUAGAAGAUAUUAAAAUGUCUUUGCAAAGAAGUGUGAGUACUCAGAAGGCUUUAGAGGAAGAUUUACAGGUGGCAACACAAAAAAUAUAUCAACUCACUGGAGAAAAAGAAGAUCAGAUGGAAGAAUUUAAUAAAGCUAAAGCUGCUCAUUCAUUUGUGGUUACUGAACUUAAAACUUCUAUCUACAACUUGAAAGAACUGUUGACAACAGAACAGCAAAGAUUGGAAAAAAGUGACGAUCAAUUGAAAACACUCACCAUGGAGCUUAAGAAGAGAUCAAGUGAACUGGAAGAGAUGACUAAGCUUAAAAAUAACAGAGAAGUAGAACUUGAAGAAUUGAAAAUAAUCUUGGCAGAAAACCAAAAGCUUUUAGAUGAAAAGAAACAAUUUGAGAAAAUUGCUGAAGAAUUAAAAGGAGCAGAACAAGAACUAACUGGUCUUCUCCAAACCAGAGAGGAAAAAGUACAUGAUUUGGAAAUACAAUUAACUGCCAUUGUGACAAGUGAACAGCAUUAUUCUAAACAGGUUAAAGAGCUGAAAACUGAGCUUGAAAAUGAGAAGCUUAAGACUACUGAACUAAAUGCAAGCUGCAACAGGCUUUCACUGGAGAACAAAGAACUAGCACAAGAAACAAGUGAUAUGGCCCUAGAAAUCAAGAAACAGCAAGAAGAUAUUGAUAAUAGCAAAAAGCAGGAAGAAAUGAUGUUGAGACAAAUAGAAAAACUGGAAGAAACAGAAACACAGUUAAGGAAUGAAUUGGUAUCUGUGAGAGAAGAACUAAAACGGAAAGGAGAUGAAGUUAAAUGUAAAUUGGACAAAAGUGAAGAAAAUUGUAACAAUUUAAAGAAACAAGUUGAAAAUAAAAGCAAGUGUAUUGAAGAACUCCAGCAGGAGAAUAAGGCCUUGAAAAAAAAGGGUACAGCAGAAAGCAAGCAACUGAAUGUUUAUGAGAUAAAGGUCAGUAAAUUAGAGUUAGAACUAGAAGAUGCCAAACAAAAAUUUAAAGAAAUGACUGGCAGCUAUCAAAAAGAAAUUGAGGACAAAAAGAUGUCAGAAGAAAAUCUUUUGCAAGAGGUUGAGAAAGCAAAAGCAGUAGCUGAUGAAGCAGUAAAGUUACAGAAAGAAAUUGAUAUACGAUGUCAACAUAAAAUAGCUGAAAUGGUAGCACUUAUGGAAAAACAUAAGCACCAAUAUGAUAAAAUAGUUGAAGAAAGAGACUCAGAAUUAGGACAUUAUAAAAGCAAGGAACAAGAACAGUCAUCAAUGAAAGCAUCUUUGGAGUCUGAAUUGUCUAAUCUCAAAAGUGAACUUUUGUCUGUUAAGAAACAACUUGAAAUAGAAAGAGAAGAAAAGGAAAAACUCAAAAGAGAGGCAAAAGAAAACAUAGCUAUUACUCUUGAAAAAAAAGACAAGAAAACACAGACAUCUUUAUUGAAAACACCUGAAACUCAUUAUUGGAAAUUUGAUUCUAAAGCAGCUCCUUCACAAAAUGUAUCUCAAAAGUUCACAUCAGCUGACCGUAGCAAAUCCAAAGAUAAGAGAGACUAUUCAUGGACACCGACUAAAAGUACUUUAUCUACACCAUUACCAAAGGCAUAUACUGUGAAGACACCAACAAAACUAAAAAUUCAGCAAAGAGAAAGCAAGAAUGUACCCACUGAAGAAAGUAAUAAAAAGAGAAAAAUGGUCUUUGAGUUUGAUGUUAAUUCGGAUAGCUCAGAAGCUACUGAUCUUUUGAGCAUGGUUUCAGAAGAAGAGACAUUGAAAAAAUUAUACAAGAAUAAUAAUUAUCCAACAACUUCUCAUCUUUGUGUCAGGACACCAAAAAAGACCCCUUCAUCUCUAACAACCCCUGGAUCUACGCUGAAGUUUGGAGCAGUGAGGAAAAUGCGGGAAGAUCGUUGGGCUGUAAUUGCUAAAAUGGAUAGGAAAAAAAAACUAAAGGAUGCAGAAAAGCUAUUUGUUUAA